ACCAGCUAGCUGUAGCUGGAUUCAAAGUCCACUACAACAAUUCUGAACUAGCGGCACAAGAGCCCAUCCCGAUCGAUAAUCAUCAAAUGCUGAUCCGCCGUGUUGCGGUGUGCUUGUGAAUUGAACGAGCCGGCAAGUUUAGCUCAACGCCCCCUAGCGCGCCCACCAUCGACUUCCCCAAAACCACCUGUUCUUCUCGCCGUCCCUGAUAGCAACUCCCUGUCAGGCUCUCAAUUCUCCUCUGACAGCCCUCAAUUCGCCUUUCCAUCAUGGCGAGAACCCACUCAGAGUCCUCUGAGGACUUCGAGUUCAUCGAGACUCCUGCUGCUCCCAUGCCUACCGCUCCGCCGGAGGAUUGUGGUGUGCGAACGACGGCGUAUCCCGCAAUCAAGAAUGCUCCUCUUCCUGCGGACGCUGCGGGCAGCGACAGCUUCUCCAAUGUCCUCCUGAUCUCUCUGCUCAUCGGUGUUCCGUGGUACCUGGCCCGCCAGGUGCGCGGAGGUUUCUAUACUACCAUCUUCUUCGCCAUCUUCACUACGAUCCCGAUCUUGAUGGUCUUCUGGACUGUUGCUUCUUCGAUCUCCCCGCGAAAGAAUGAAAAGGCCAAGUACCCGGGUCGUCCUGUCGAGUACUAUCUCCACUUCCACAGCGCCCAUGACCGCGCCAAGUACCAUGGCAAGAGCAAGAUCCCCAUGGAAACCUUCUACGAGAAGUAUUUCGCUGGCGAGGUCGAUUUCAAGGGCGAUGCUCUCGACUGCCUCGAGUACAGACACGACUGGGCUAGCUUCCGCUUCACCAUGGGCCUGUACAAGCACUUCCUGACAGGUUUCAUUCCCGAGAUGCUGAUGCACACCCGGUCACAAGAUGAGGAGCAGGUCCGCGACCACUAUGACCGUGGUGAUGACUUCUACGCUUGGUUCCUGGGACCCCGCAUGAUCUACACUUCUGGUAUUAUCAGUGAUAUCAACAAGGAGGAGACCCUCGAGCAAUUGCAGGACAACAAGCUGGCCGUCGUAUGUGAGAAGAUUGGACUCAAACCUGGAGACACCAUGCUUGAUCUUGGCUGUGGUUGGGGUACUCUGGCCAAGUAUGCUUCCGUCCACUACGGCGCUCACGUCACUGGUAUCACUCUGGGUCGCAACCAGACUGCUUGGGGUAACAACGGACUGCGCAAGGCUGGCAUCGACGAGUCUCAGAGUCGUAUCCUCUGCAUGGACUACCGUGACGCUCCCUAUAUCCCCGGUGGCUACAAGAAGAUUACGUGUCUCGAGAUGGCGGAGCACGUUGGUGUUCGUCACUUUAGCACAUUCUUGUCUCAGGUGUACGACAUGCUUGACGACGAUGGUGUUUUCUUCCUCCAGAUCGCCGGUCUGCGUAAGUCGUGGCAGUAUGAGGAUCUGAUCUGGGGCCUGUUCAUGAACAAGUACAUCUUCCCCGGUGCCGACGCUAGCACUCCUCUUGGAUUUGUUGUCGACAGCCUGGAGGGUUCUGGAUUUGAGAUCAAGGGUAUCGACACCAUUGGUGUGCACUACUCCGCCACUCUCUGGCGCUGGUACCGCAACUGGCUGGGCAACCGUGACAAAGUCGAGGCUAAGUACGGCAAGAGAUGGUUCAGGAUCUGGGAAUACUUCCUGGCUUCCUCCACCAUCAUCUCCCGCCAGGGCUCUGCCACCUGCUGGCAGCUCACUCUCGUCAAGAACAUCAACUCUACUCACCGCAUUGAGGGCAUCAACACCCAGUUCGCCCUCGCCGGUGCUCGCGAGUCCGCUAUUCAGCGCGUUGGCCACGGUGUUGUUCCCAGCGCCAACAUCCCUCCUGCUGCCGUCCCCGGCAAGGAGGAGUAAAUGCGUCCACCAAGCCCUUUUCUAGUUCAUGAUCCAUCUAGCAGCUAAAUGGGUUUGUGUUCUACAGGGGGAAAUACAUACAGGAACUUCGAGUUUCCUUGGUGCGCACAAGGCAUGUGUCACACGAUCAAAAAGGAGGGUUUUAUACUGAUUUUCCUGUUCUCACGAACAUGUAUGGAAGAUUGAUGUACGCUGUAUGCUCUAUGUAUUGUAGUGGGGUUCGUGGUAGGGCCUAUUUCCUGUUCAGCGAAAAGAUGGUCUCCCUAAGUAUAUUAUGCUAGUCUGUGUGGGUUUCGACAUGACUCUGACGACCAAAAGAGGAAAAAGAAGCAUAUAGAAAUGUGUUCAUUCUUCUUAAGUCCAGCUUAUUCAAUUUAAAUAUACGACCGUUGAAACACA